CGCUCUCCCUCCGGCUCCUCCGGGCGGCCGCCGCGCUCCGGACUCGCCCGCCCGCGCCGGGGCUCCCGCCCCACGCAGCGUCCCGAGGCUGCAGGACUGGGAGAGCCCCGGGCCGCUCCCCGAGGCUCCUGGCCCGGACGGCCUCUCGUCCCCGAAGGACCCCUGCGCUCAGGGACCAUGGCGCACCCCAGACUCCGGAGCUGCCAAGGCGCUGCCUGGUGAUCCGGCCGCGGCGGCGCCAGGGGGGCGCGGGCGGGGACCCCGGGGGGCCGUCCAUGCCCCGGGUGCGGCCGCGCCCCCUCCCCCUCCAGCCGGGCGCCUCCACGGCUGGGCGGCGUUCAGGGCCGCGGGCCUGUCCGGGUGCCCCGUCGGGGGCGGCGCCCCGGCGGCCGCGCUGAGGCCGCCAUGUGACGCGGCGCCGCUCCGUCCUGCCACCAAGCGGCGACGCCCUGGUACCUCCCGUCCAUGCUCCUGGGCCCGGGGCCCCUCGCAGGCCAAGCAUGAGGCCGCGGCCCGACGGUCGGGGGCUCCGGGUGGGAGCGGCGCUGUCGCCCGCGAUGCUGCUGCUGCUGCUGCUGAUGCCGCCGCCGCCGCCGGGACCCCUGUGGGCGGCGGGCACGCCUGCGCCCUCGGCGUCCGGGGCUGCGCAGAACGGCGCGCCGGGCGCGGGCCGCGUGAAGCGCGGCUGGGUGUGGAACCAGUUCUUCGUGGUGGAAGAGUACACGGGCACCGAGCCCCUGUACGUGGGCAAGAUCCACUCGGACUCAGACGAGGGUGACGGGGCCAUCAAGUACACCAUCUCAGGCGAGGGCGCUGGCACCAUCUUCCUGAUCGACGAGCUGACGGGCGACAUCCACGCCAUGGAGCGCCUGGACCGGGAGCAGAAAACCUUCUACACGCUGCGGGCUCAAGCUCGGGACCGCGCCACCAACCGCCUGCUGGAGCCUGAGUCGGAGUUCAUCAUCAAGGUGCAGGACAUCAACGACAGCGAGCCCCGCUUCCUGCACGGCCCCUACAUUGGCAGCGUGGCCGAGCUCUCGCCCACAGGCACGUCGGUGAUGCAGGUGAUGGCCUCAGAUGCGGAUGACCCCACGUACGGCAGCAGCGCUCGACUGGUGUACAGCGUGCUGGAUGGCGAGCACCACUUCACCGUGGACCCCAAGACCGGCGUGAUCCGGACGGCCGUGCCUGACCUUGACCGCGAGAGCCAGGAGCGCUACGAGGUGGUGAUCCAGGCCACCGACAUGGCGGGCCAGCUGGGCGGCCUCUCCGGCUCCACAACCGUCACCAUCGUGGUCACCGACGUCAACGACAACCCGCCCCGGUUCCCGCAGAAGAUGUACCAGCUCAGCAUUCAGGAGUCGGCCCCCAUCGGCACAGCCGUGGGACGCGUGAAGGCCGAGGACUCGGACGUGGGUGAAAACACAGACAUGACUUACCACCUCAGGGAGGAGAGCGGCAGCGGCGGCCAAGUGUUCAAGGUCACCACAGACAGCGACACUCAGGAGGCCAUCAUCGUAGUGCAGAAGCGCCUGGACUUCGAGUCCCAGCCCGUGCACACCGUGGUCCUGGAGGCGCUCAACAAGUUCGUGGAUCCCCGCUUCGCUGACCUGGGCACGUUCCGCGACCAGGCGAUCGUGCGCGUGGCCGUGACCGACGUGGACGAGCCCCCCGAGUUCCAGCAGCCCUCCGGCCUCCUGGAGGUACAGGAGGACGCGCAGGUGGGCUCCCUGGUCGGCGUGGUGACGGCGCGGGACCCCGACGCCGCCAACCGGCCCGUCCGGUACGCCAUUGACCGCGACUCGGAUCUGGACCAGAUUUUUGAUAUCGAUGCGGACACGGGCGCCAUCGUAACCGGCAAGGGGCUGGACCGAGAGACUGCCGGCUGGCACAACAUCACUGUGCUGGCCAUGGAGGCGGACAAUCAUGCCCAGCUCUCCCGGGCAUCCCUAAGGAUCCGAAUCCUGGAUGUGAACGACAAUCCCCCAGAGCUGGCCACACCCUACGAGGCAGCCGUGUGUGAGGAUGCCGAGCCAGGCCAGCUCAUCCAGACCAUCAGUGUGGUAGACAGAGACGAGCCCCAGAGCGGGCACCGCUUCUAUUUCCGCCUGGUGCCUGAAGCUCCCAGCAACCCUCAUUUCUCUCUGCUCAACAUCCAAGACAAUACAGCCGCGGUGCACACGCAGCACAUGGGCUUCAACCGGCAGGAGCAGGACGUGUUCUUCCUGCCCAUCCUGGUGGUGGACAGCGGGCCGCCCACACUGAGCAGCACGGGGACGCUCACCAUCCGCAUCUGUGGCUGCGACAGCUCCGGCACCAUACAGUCCUGCAACACCACGGCCUUUGUCAUGGCCGCCUCCCUCAGCCCCGGAGCCCUCAUCGCCCUCUUGGUCUGUGUCCUCAUCCUGGUCGUGCUGGUGUUGCUGAUCCUCACCCUCAGGCGCCACCACAAGAGCCACCUGAGCUCCGACGAGGACGAGGACAUGCGCGACAACGUCAUCAAAUACAACGACGAGGGGGGCGGCGAGCAGGACACCGAAGCCUACGACAUGUCGGCGCUGCGAAGCCUCUACGACUUCGGCGAGCUCAAGGGCGGCGGCGACGGCAGCGGCGGCGUGGGCCCUGGCGGAGGCGCGGGGAGCCCCCCGCAGGCCCGCCUGCCUUCGGAGCGCCACUCGCUGCCGCAGGGACCGCCGAGCACCGAGCCGGACUUCUCGGUGUUCAGGGACUUCAUCAGCCGCAAGGUGGCGCUGGCGGACGGGGACCUGUCGGUGCCGCCCUACGACGCCUUCCAGACCUACGCCUUCGAGGGCGCGGACUCGCCAGCCGCCUCGCUCAGCUCGCUGCACAGCGGCUCGUCGGGCUCCGAGCAGGACUUUGCCUAUCUCAGCAGCUGGGGCCCCCGGUUCCGGCCCCUGGCCGCCCUCUACGCCGGCCACCGCCCAGAAGGCGAGGCCCCGGCCUCCUAGCCCGCCCUCCCUGCAGCCCAGGACCCAACUGGACCCCAGGACAAAGCACGUCCCCUGCUCACCCCCUUCCCCCAACCCUCCCAGGGCGGCCGGACAGGAGGGGGACCUUGUUCGGGCAGCGGACUCCCCGACGGCAUCCCUCCCCUGGGGUGGGGGAGGGGGGGCGUGGGGGUUAGGCAGCUUUUGCGCAGAAGUGCGGGAAUUAUGACCAACAUCAUUAAAACUGCAGCGAGAACGGGCACUGCGUGACUCUGGGGUUAGACAGGAAGAGAGGGUGGCGUGGAUCCCUCCUGGCUUAGGGGAGAAGCUGGGGGGAGGACGCUGCAGAAGUGCCCCCCCAGGAAUGCCCCAUCAGAGUUAAGAGGAAAGAAGGGCUGUUCAUUUACUAAGCACCUACUGUGUGCUGGGCCUGUACAAAGACCAUCUUAGUCAUCACACAAACCUCGAGGUGGGGCCCUGCAGGUAACAGUUGGAGAAAGGCACCCAGAGAAGUGGCUGGGACCUGUCCAAGGA